AAAAUGGUGCGUGAUCGCUUGCUGUUGGAGAAUUUGGAGGACGGAAGGCCAGCAGUCUGGCACAGGAACACUCUCUCGCUCGUUUCGCAGGGAGAGGCCGACGGACUGCAGGAUUCCACGCCCACCCAGAUUGUUUACCCAAAUAAUUCGCUAAAUGUCGGACUACCCGUGGAUUCCAUUAAUGUUGAAACUAAACCCAUGGUCUCGAGCGAUGAUUCAGUAUUUGAUGAUUCGACUGGGAGACCGCUUGUAGUAUAUACAUCGACGAGGGGCGAGCCGUCUGGCGCCAAAAAGUACGCGUCACUGCUCUACUUGAUGGCCAUUUACACCCUCUUUGUGCUUUAUUUUGGUAAACGUAUGAAAUCGCAUAUAGACUUUUCAAAGAAUAGUAUCAUUUUUUUAAAAUUGACAAGAGUUGCCAUCUUCAACUACGCAAUCGUGUUUGCUGGCAUCCUCAUGGGUUAUCGUAGCGUCUUGAGAUUCAAUAGUAUCGUGACGCUGGCAUUUAUAUGUCUCAAACUUUUAUAUAUCGAGAACAUCUACGCCGUUAUGAUGUCGUUUGUACAAAUAUUUGUUCUUUUAUCAAACUAUCACUCGCUUUACAAGGACACACCAAAAGUCUUUAUGAUAUCACCCCAACCUAUUUAA